AUGGCUAAUUCAAGAUCUUUUUUCUUUGCUUUCAUUGCUCUUUCAGUUUUGCUUGCAGUGGUGAGUGAAGAUUCAGUUUGGUCUUCCAACAAAGGAGGUUCAUUGUGUUGCAACGAUCACCCGAAGUUUGGAGUAUGUACUGACAAUAGACAUUGCAACAGUUGGUGUCUUAAAGGUUGUGACAACAAGAAAGGUGGUUUUUGCAAGAGAAGAAUUUGUCAUUGCUACUGCUAA